CACUCAGCUCGGACGCCACAGCCUGUCUCUCGCCCUCGCACCCCUCGACCUCUUCGCCUUCUCAUCCUCCUCGUCCGUUCAUCUCGACCGCCACCUGUCGCACGCUCGACAUGACAAAGUCACCUACACCUGUCAUCCUCUGCUCGCACGGUUCGACGAUGAUGCUCGGCGAGGACUCGAGCGCCGGGCGCUACUGGGAGGCGGUCGGCCGCGAGGCCAUGGCGCGCAACGUCGAGGGUGUCGUCUUCAUGGGCGCGCACUGGGAGGUGAGCGGUGCGGGCGUCGAGAUCUCGAGCAACCCGGGUCGAGACGCCGUCGUCAAGCAGCCCGUCGCCUGGGUCACGCCCGACAAGUACGUCGACUACGAGAUCAACUCGUCUCCUGAACUCGCCGAGCGGGUCCAAACGCUCCUUACCGACGCCGGCAUCGAGGCCAAGCUGAACCCGAAGCUCGAGUGGAUCCACGACGUCUUUCUCGUGCUCAACUGGAUGUUCCCCAAGAGCUCGCCGCCAGUCACCGUCAUCUCGACCAACGCCUACUACGACCCUUACCUGCACACCGCCAUCGGCGCAGCCGUGCGACCUCUGCGGUACCAGAACAUCCUCAUCGUCGGCACCGGCGGCACCGUGCACAACCUGUACCGCAACGCGUGGGACAACAUCAUCCUGCACCGCGACAACUUUGCCCAGACGCGCCCGCCGCAGCAGUGGGCGCUCGACUUCCGCAACGAGACGCUCGACGCUUUUACCAAGAACUCGGGCCCGGCCCUGCGGCGCGCCGCGAUGCGCCUCAUGCGGCACCCGCUGUUCCGCGACGCGCAUGGCACCGACGACCACUAUGCGCCCGUGCUGUUCUGCGCCGGGGCCGCGGGCGACCAGGACGACGUCGGGACCAAGAACACGAGCCCGGCCGAGGUGUGGGAGCUCGAGCAGAUGUGCAACACGCAGUUCCAAAUGGGGGAGUGGGCGCCGAUCAAGGCGUGACGGGCGUGUCGGGUUUGGGCCAAAGACCGUCGAGUGCAACUUGGGAAGGUCGACGAGCAGAGCUGGCGGGUCGUCGAGCUCUUCUUUCAGGCAGAGCAUGUGCAGUGACCGUGCUUG